AUGGCAGCUCCUGUAAACGGAGACCCGAGGUUCAAUCCUCUCCACGGCAACCCGUUCGAGACAAGAGACGAUGUCGCCAAGGCUGUGGUAUCUCUAUUCGAACCUUUGUUACCUGUUUUCUCAAAAGGGUGCGCUCGUGUUCAGAUUGAUGCGUCCACAUCCACUUGGGAUCGUGCAGCCUGUGAUUUGGAGGGCUAUGCCAGGCCUUUAUUUGGCAUUGCGCCGUUGGUUGCCGGCGGAGGGCAAUUUGACCAUUGGGACAUGUACAGGGAAGGGCUUAAGAACGGUACAGAUCCUCAGCAUUCAGAAUAUUGGGGACCAGUGCCAUCAAUGGACCAACGCCAUGUGGAAGCAGCUGCUCUUGCAUAUGCGAUUUUGCUUGUCCCAGGUCAUUAUUGGGAACCACUCGAAGACUCGGUAAAAAGCAAUGUCGUUAAAUGGCUGCUGCAGAGCCGCAAUGGAGAACAUGGAUCAAAUAACCAUAAAUACUUUCGCAUCAUGGUGGAUCUUGCGCUGGAAAGUGUUGGCGUUGAAGUCGAAAGCACUGGCACAAACGAAUACUUGGACGAUAUGGAGAGGCUAUAUAUAUCAGAUGGAUGGUAUCGCGAUGGAGAAGACGAAGGCGACACACGCCGUAUAGACUAUUAUAAUCCGUUCGCCAUGCACUACUACGGUCUAUUCUACGCCGUCCAUCGACCGUCAGACAAGGCACGCGGCGAACGAUUUAAAGAGAGGGCACGAGAGUUCGCGCCGGCCUUCUUACACUGGUUCGCAGACUCAGGUUCAAACGUUCCCUAUGGCCGCAGUCUAGCAUACAGACAAUGCGUUGCUGCGUACUGGGGCUAUCUAGCAGUAGCUGGGGUCGAGGCAUUGCCAUGGGGCGUCAUCAAGGGUAUAUAUCUCCGCAACCUGCGAUGGUGGGCGGCACAACCAAUCUCAAGACGAGAUGGUAUCCUGACGCUUGGUUACGCGUAUCCAAAUCCUUUCAUGGCAGAAAGAUACCUAUCGACCGGCUCUCCUUACUGGGCUAUGAAGGUUUUUGGUCCACUGAGCUUGCCUGAAGAUCAUCCAUUCUGGAGAGCAAAGGAACUUCCCAUGCCAGAGCGUCCGUCAAUCGCCCCCUUCUCAGUACCCGGCCUUGCCUUUAUGCAUAUGCCCGGUCAUACGAUUAUGCUCAACUCUGGACCGGAUUCAAAUAAAGCCAUGCGCUUUGUACCGGAGAAAUAUCUCAAGUUUGCUUAUUCAAGUCGAUAUGGUUUCUCAGUGGAGAGCGAUAGCCGAGGAUUUGACGUCGGUGCUUUCGAUAGCAUGAUUGCGCUGAGUGACGACGACAUACAUUAUAGGGUGCGUGAACAUUGUGAGGUUGCUAAAAUGGCUGGGAAUAAAAUUUAUUCCUUAUGGCGUCCAUGGUCUGACGUUGUUGUUGAAACAUGGCUCAUUCCAUCUGCCAAUUGGCAUAUUCGCAUUCAUCGAAUCCAGUCGCCUCGACCGCUUACCACUAUUGAAGGCGGAUUCGCAGCUCCAAGGGCUGAUUUCAGCGGCGACUUCAGUGGCAUACUGGAUGCUUCUUCGCCACCAAAGCGAAUUGGCAGGGUUACCAAACCUCACGGCAAUACUAACUUGAUGUUUCCACGCACGCUGGUGCCCCAGCUCAAGGGAACUGUCGAAGCCAACAAGACACAGAUAUUUGUUUGCGCUGUCCUUGCAGGUCCGAAUGGAAAGUCGAUCAAGGAGCAUUGGCAGACCCCCCCUGUGAUUCCGACGGUUGAUGAGCUUGAACGAGAAUUUCAAGAUAAGGGAGAAGAUAUUUCCAUUGCGAAGCCAUAUUCAGCACGAAGAUGA